GUUGCCCAAAGCCUCAUCCAUCAUACUUUGGUUCCAUUUUCAGCUCCUGUACGACAUAGCAGCAGCCAUGGGAAAAGAAUGUUUAUUAUCAAGGCAACGAGUUUUUAUGAUACUCGAUUUCUGAACUUGUUGAGAUUCUAUGUAUUUCUGACGGGAAUACCAGUGGCACUAUUCAUAACAUAUGUCAACAUCUUCAUUGGUGAAGCUGAACUUGCAGAGAUUCCCGAAGGUUAUAUUCCAGAGUAUUGGGAAUACUACAAACACCCUAUAAGUCGCUGGAUAGCUCGUUAUUUACUCGACCCCCCUGAAAAGAACUAUGAGAAAGAGAUGGCUUUGCUUGAUGUUGAAGCGAAGAAAGCUGAACUGAGACUGAUGGAGUUAAAGGCACGCAGACUGAUGAGACACAGGGGAGAUGGACCUUGGUAUCAUUAUGAAACACCAGAUAAAAAUCUUACUGACAAUUCUAUGAAAUCCACACCUGACAAUUAAAGAAUUUUAAGACAGUACACACGGUCUUAAAUGCAUACCAACAAAUUGUGACUGAGCUACGUAAUAUACAUCCUGCUGUUU